AUGUCCUGUCUAUCUACCCCCGGUGACCGUCCUAUUGCGCGACCUAAACCAAAACUCACACUACAAACAUCCUCUCUCCCACGAACAUUUGGCACUUCAACAACAGGCCUCUCUCGUCCCUUUACAACUGCUCCAGGUACAUCACCGACUGUACGAAACACUUUUAAAAAUGCAUACGAUGUACCAUCACCGACUUCGGCAACAGUCUCUCCCUCAAAAGGUCCCAGUCACCGAUUUCCGACUGAUAAGGCCAUCUCUCCCUACGUGUACCAUCCCAUAAACAAUAAUAACUUCAACCAUCGCAGCGCAUACCAACUACCGUUGGGUGUGCGGAGCAUUUUGCGCAAUUCUCCACUCGACACUGCCUCACGGCGACGCUCUGGCUCCAUCUCCGCAGGUGCCGGUGGGCCCGGAGGCGCAGGGACUCGCCGCGUCUUCUUCCCAGCAAAGAAACAAGUGAGCUACCGACAACCACUAGAAGAUAUUAUCCACACGGAACGCUACACGGCACAACAUCUGGACCUAGUCCAUGAAGCGGAGGAACAAAAGGAAAAGGAACCAGAACAAAGGACCCAGUGUGAGGCUGUGUCUGAGACAGGUCUGGGGCCAGAACAGCAGGUACCCGCCGAGUCCACUGAUGACUCGGACUCGAGCCUGUCUAGUACAUCGGACGAGGCCAGUGCAGAAGAAAAUAAACCCAAAUCAACAUUGUCAAAACUGGAACGCAAGAAAAGGCGGACUAUGCGGACGGAGCGACAAGUGCGCGCUGUGGCGUUGUUGGAUGGACUGGAUUCGGAUCACUAUACUGCUUCCUCGACGCCUCAAACCCCGCGACAGGGGCGAAUUAAGCGCCGUCGAGAGUGGAAGUGGACUUUGGGACCGAUUCAAUCUCAAUCUAGUCUUGAAAAUACGAGUCCUUGGAGUCUUUCCUCAGUCUCGACUAGCCCGGAGACUCUUUCCAUUUCUUCGGCUUCUACAGUGGAUGAUCUGAAACCUGAAUCUGAUCUUCCUAUCUGUCAGGAACAGGAACAAUAA